ACUAGAUGCCACAGGCCAUGGACAUUCUGUGUUCAGACAACAUAUUUAUUUAAAAAUGUUUAUGAACGUGUUUAUAGUGAGACAUUUCCCUUGUACUGAUAUAUGCACGGUCUUGACACAAAGCCAGACCACCGGACAACCAGGAAAUAAAAUUGGCGCUAAAUGCAAAUAAGGCGGCCAACCAACCGUAACGGGGGCAAAUGGUAUGGCUAUACGCUUAUUGGUAUAUAGAAACACUCGGCGUCUAUUGGUGUAUCCUAUUCAUAUCGAUUGGUGUACGUGUCCAGCGGAUUCGUCAAGGGGGUAUAAAUAGCUAGCCGCGACUUUUGGGAAUCAUUCGUUUCAUUUCGCAACGACUACAUCAAACGAACUCAUCAUGUCUGGACGUGGUAAAGGAGCAAAGGCAAAGAGCAAGGCCAAGAGCCGAUCAACCCGUGCAGGGCUUCAGUUCCCUGUCGGUCGUGUACACCGUUUCCUCCGCAAGGGAAACUAUGCCAACCGUGUUGGUGCUGGAGCUCCAGUCUACCUGGCUGCCGUUCUCGAGUACCUGACCGCUGAAAUCCUCGAGCUCGCCGGCAACGCCGCCCGCGACAACAAGAAGAGCAGGAUCAUCCCCCGUCACCUUCAGCUCGCCGUCCGUAACGACGAGGAACUCAACAAGCUUCUUGGAGGAGUUACCAUCGCACAGGGUGGUGUUCUCCCCAACAUCCAGGCUGUCCUUCUCCCCAAGAAGACCGGCAAGUCUGCUUAAGAAGGAAUUCUUCCGUCUUCAUGCAAACGGCUCUUUUCAGAGCCACCAACUAUCCAAGAAAGAAUCAAAUAUUUUAUCUCGAUAUUAUUUAAAUUUUAGCGCGGUAAUUUCGAUAAUUCGUAAUUCAUAUUAAACCAAGCAAAUAGCCUACGUCAUUUAAGUGUACUAUCUUAUUCUUGGCCUUUACUAUAUGAAGUCUCUACAUCGUGAUAUUGAAUGGUAAUAUAAUAACUUUUUUAAUUUGUAUUUGAUUUUACCGCCUGCAUUUCCUCAAAAGGGAAGUAUCCUGGGCAUAAUUAUAAAGAGUAAAAAUAGUAAUAAUGAAUUUGUACAGUAGCAGUAAGAAUAUUAGUAAUGAUAUACUGGGUUAAGUGAAUAAAACACCCACUUGCCUUACAUAAACUGCUAAGCCUAAUGAAAGAAAUAUACAAAAAUAUACACCCUGGAAGUAUUUUCUAAAAAAAUAAAACUUCAGUUUCUAAAAGAGUUGCACUUACUACUUUUUUCAAAACAUCUUUUCCAACGAAUUAAAAUGAGAAUUAUUUGGUAAACACUUCUUUUAGUACAGAUUAAAUAUUAGUUUAAUUGUAAAGAUGUUAGUUUUACACAACUCAAGUAGCGCUAUGACUUCAUUAACGUCUGGAAUUCUGGAUUCAUUCAUUGUGCACAUAUACCUCACCGAUAUUUGAGAUCAAAUGUUACAUAUCACGAUAUCAAAUUAUUCUUUUAUAUGGUUUUGUGUUCAUGAUAUAAGGACUUUCAUGAAAUUGUAAUUUUUGUCAUUAUUUUUUUUUUUACUUUGUAUAUUACAAACAAGUAAUAAAAAACAAACCCACAAAAUAAAAAGCCAGUUAGGCCUAUGGUGAUCUUGUAAGAUAUGGAAUGGUAUCCCGUUUAUUGCACAGGGUUUCAUAUCUGCUCUCCACAUACAUGACAUACACUGCACUGCAAUUUCAAUACUUGAUGAUACUACACAAGUCCGCCAAUAAGCUCCUUGGUAAAUCAUUAUCACAAAUCAUAGAAUACCAUUGCUUUUCUUGAGAUAGCAGUCAAAGUUGGUUCAAUCAAUAUGUGUAUGCCUAUCACAUGAUGAAAAAUAAAUUUGAUACAAGUGCAACUAAUAGUAUGAUAGAUGUAUAAAAGAAAAAUAAGUGAAACAAGAGCAUUUCACAGAUUGUUGACAUACCAUCCUUUUUCAUUUCUUGGGAAGCAAGAAUCUUUAUUUUUGUUUUCAUUUCUUAGGAAGCAUGACCCCCCCACCCCCGAGCAAUCAGGUAAAGAGCUGAGGUUGCUGAGAAAUCUUUACAAAUCUUAUACUGCUCACGUUUUCACAUUGCAGCACUUGGAGUAAUACAGUGCAUUAAAAUUUCCUGAAUCAUAUAAAGUUGCAAACAUGGGAAAUUUGUUGUUCAUCAAACAAUACGAAGCAUCUAUAUUUUCCAAAACAAAUAACCUGCUUAUAUUUUGCUUCAGUGGUCUUUCUGCCCUUGCUCUCUAUAGAACAGGUAGUAGUUCUUACUUCUUAGGUUUACUUCUUACAGUCUGUUUGACAACCUUACAGCACUGACUUCCCAUAUAUCAAACAUACAUAUAUUUUAGUAUAUUUACUGUAUAUUAGCGUAGAUGAUUAAUACAUGCCUUUGGGAUAUUAAUAGAUAAAGGCUUUCCCUUACAUAUUGUACAACUGGAAUAAAACUAAAUUCUUUGUAAAAGUCUACAACAAAAAUAUUUUCUAUUCAAUUACUAAAUUAAAAAUCACAAUAAAAGACUGGACAGAAUACAUAAUGAAUUCCACAGCCAUGGUCCUUGACACAAAAUUCAAUACAUUCUAGAUAAAAUGCAAUCUGUCUUGCAAGUAAUCACAUUCACAGUUUUUGAAAACAAAUACUUAUUAUGUUUUCCCUUUAAUGAGGCACAAUAAUUAGUGAUGCUAUUUCCCCAAGCAUCUUUGUAAUAUAA